GAGUGGGAGGAUUGCUGUUACCGUCCGGGACGUUCAGGUUGGGAAAAGUUUACACAUGAAUUGUAAAACAAGAUAGAAACUCCUUCAUUUUAGCACAUUUAUUUUUGCGUCAGUAUGCGAUAGAUUUGUUUUUUAAAUCAGCGGAGCAACGAGCAUUGGAUUUCUUUUUCGGAAACUGGGAUAUCAAAGGCCAUCACCAUGAACUCCGUACUAUCAUCUGUACGAUCCCUCAUGCAAAUGUUCGAUGGCAAAACACAAGAAUUCAUCAGUGACAUUGAUAAUGUCCAUGUCGUUUGGCUUGAGGAGAUUCAACAAGAAGCCAACCGCAUGUUCUCCAGAGAUUUUAAUGCAGAACCAGAAUUAAUGCCAAAAACACCAUCACAGAAAAAGAAUAGUCGCAGGAAGCGUGUAUCUUUGGGGCGUCAGGAAGAAAAUCAAGCCAGGCGAAGGUUUUCAAAGGGAAAGCGCAGUAACCUUCGUGGCUCCUCUGUCAAAUCACUGAACUUCAUUGCUGAAGAAGAAUCCAUUCCCCAGGCUUCCACCUCUGAAACCAGCACCACCACACAGCCUAAACGCACCACGCGCAAAAACAAACAGACGAAGCCAGAAGAGACAGAGGAUGUGAGCUGUUCACCUUGUGACAGCAAUAAAAUUGAAGAGGUGCAAAACAAGAAGCCAGAGCUGGUCGAGAAAAAAGAGGCGAACAGUGCAGAAGACAUGUCCGACGACGCAUAUAGCACUGCCCAGUCUCCACCUAAGAUACCCUCACCUGAGGUUGUUGUCAACAUCUCCUCAGCAGACCGCUUGUCUGCUGAGCUCGCUAAAAAGCCAGAUCCCUCUCCUGGCCGCACAGCUGCUAAGAUUGCAAUAGCUGGAGCUGCGCAAAGCUCACGACGGAGCUCUGUGCGGUGCUCCCUUAAACUACGUCACUCUCUGGCUGGUCUGCGGCACAGUAUGACACAGGAAUCUGUUCGCCGUGCCUCUCGCCGCUCCAUGCUUAAGAGGAAGGCAGGUCGCAUGGGCAACUCCACAUGUGGCAGCAACAGUAGUGGGGACUCUUGCAUGGACUCUGUAGAGGAAGAGGAUAAGAAUGUUGUGUUAGAAGCUGCAACUUCAGACACAGAGGGUGUUGCUGCACCAGAGGAGUCUGAGGAAACUCCAGAGAUCCAGAUGAACCAGAGUAUACAUCCAUCUGUUGGACGCAUUACUCGUUCUGUGGCUGCGAACUCUCCCACACUGGCGCCCCCAUCCUUGUUUACCAUAGAUAAGAAAGUGUGCACUCCAGACAAGAGAGCAGCUGCUGCUGAGAAGGAGCAGACUUUCCAGUCAGAUCGGAAAUCACGCCGGAGCACUAAACGUAAAGCACCGGAUGUUGCAGAAGAAAGUCCCACAAAGAGGUUCUCUCCUCCCAAGAAAAGUCAGAGUGCAAUCAGGCCCAACAUGAGAUCUUUUCUCCACACUGUGCAGAAGAAUCAGAUGCUGAUGAUGACUCCAAAUUCCCUCGGCCGCACGGGGGUUAUUAAAUCCUUUAUAAAACACACCACUCCGAUGAGGACUGACCCCAAGUUGAGUGUUGGCAUAGUGACAAAAGAGCGUCACAAACUGGAAGCACUUAAAAAGAAGCAGGAGCAAGAGGAGGAAAGGAUGAAGAAAAUGGAGGAGGAGAAGAAAAAGAAACAGGAGGAACUUAAAAGGAAGAGGGAUGAGAGGCUGAGAAGGGUGUUUGAGGCCAAAGUAAAAGAAGAGCAGAGAGAGGAAGAAAAGAAAAAGAAGAUUGAGCAAAAAAUGGCCCAGAUUGAUGAGAAAAAUGAUAAGCGUCUGGCAGAGGAGAAGGCCAAGAAGAAGGCAGCCAUGAAACGUCAAGAGGAGCUGGAGCAGAAAAAGAAGCUGGAAGAAGAGGCUCGACGGAAGAAGAUUCAGCAAGCAGAGGAAGAGAAGCGGCAGCAGGAGUUACUGGCCAAAAAGAAGGCAGAGGAGGAAGAACAGCGAGCUCGUAAACUGGCUGAAGCUCGCAAAGCACUGGAGCUGAAGAGGGAGCAGGAGCGAGAGAGGGAGCUAGAGAGAGAACGACUAGCUGCUGCUGAAAGAGAGCGAGUGGAAAAAGAAAAAGCUCUCGCUCAGCAGCGUGAACUGGAGAGAGCAGCGAGAGAGAGAGAGAGGAGAGAACUGGAGGAGAAAAGAAAGCUGGAGGAGCAGCAGAGGUUAGCUGCAGAACAGAAGGCUGCUGAAGAGAGAGAAGUUGCUAAGCAGAGAGAGGCUGCUGCUAAACAGGCUGCUAAUAAACAGGACGCUGCUGGUCUGAAUGUGACUGUGGAUAUUGAGCAUUCUGUAAUGAGCACCCCAGUAGGAAAAGGUGGUGGCCUCAAUGUGACUGUGGACAUUGAGCAAUCACCACAGUCAUACUCCAUCACUCCCAAGGGAGGCAACAAACCUCAUAUUAUGUCAAAAAAUCAGGAUGAUUACGGGAUGGAUCAAAACAGUGACGACUCGACUGAUGAUGAGUCUGCCCCGAGGAAACCUGUUCCAUCCUGGGCAGAGGGUCCCAAGCUGCAGCAGAUAAUUAUGAAACAGUACUUCACCCCUCCUGAUUUGGAUUCUUUCUUCGGAACAAUUGAGCCACCAAGACUGGAAAACAUCUUUUACAAGAGCAAACCUCGCUACUUUAAACGCACCAGCUCUGCUGUGUGGCAUUCGCCUCCAAUUGGAUCCAAGUAAUGUCUGUACACUGAUACAGAUAUACACUGCUGUAUAGUUUAAUUUUUGCUUUAACGUCUGUUUCCAAUAAAGUAAUGUUUUUUCUGAAUGUUUUUUUCCAAUAUUUGUUUUAAAGUUUUUAGGCAUCAACAUUUUAGGAAUAUUGUUACUAGUAUGUACAAUAUCAUGCAUUUAAGUUAUAUUUGUGUGAUUAAAUUGAUGAGUCUGUACUAUAACUCGGUGGGAUCCACACAUUUGAGAGUUUUUGCCAAAUGAUCAGGAAAAACUUGUAUAAUGUGUGUUAAUCACAGAAAUCCCUUCAGGAUUUAUCAAGUCCAUUAAAAUGGUUGAUUGCCUCAAAAAUAUUGUGCAGAUUGCAGCUUGUAAAUGGUUUGAUAAUACAUGACACCAAAAAGAAAUAUAUGCUUGUCAUAAGCUGAGAUGUGUUAGAGCUGUACCCCUUUAGUUUCUGUUAUUUUGGCUUAGACUCAACUGUUAUUUGUCCUAUUCACCAGGUGCACAAAAAAAGCUAACAAGUUAUGCUAAGAGAUGUCAAACACAGCAAUUGAUUAAAAAAAAGAGGAAGAGAGUAAGAUCUGCUGUAAUGACAGAAAGCCCCAGUACAACUGCAAUAUGGACCUUGUGUUUCCCGGUCAAGAAUCAACAAAA